AUGGAGAUAAAGUUUGGAUGCUGGAGGAACUCCUUGCUUCUGCUUGCUGCCCUGGUCCUGAUGGUCAAGUUGGGUCAUUUACAAAGGUGGGAGGGCUUCCUGGAGAAGUCCAUGAGCAAGCAAAACAUGAACGCAACACUCAGUUUCUUAAUUCAGAGCUACAACAAUGCCAGCAACGACACCUACUUAUUUCGAGUUCACAAGCUACUGCGAAGUCAGAUGCAGUUAACAACGGGAGUGGAGUAUUUGUUAACUGUGAAGAUUGGCAGGACCAAAUGCAAGAGGAAAAGCAUGAAAAACCAUUCCUGCCCCUUUCAAAGCAAGAAAAAACUAAAAAAGAGUUUCAUUUGUGAUUUUUUGAUAUACACUGUGCCCUGGAUGCAGUAUUAUCAACUCUGGAACAAUUCCUGUCUGGAAGGCUAA